AUGAGUAUAUAUAUAUAUAUAUAUAUAUAUAUAUAUAUGCUCAAGUCACUAAAUUAUGAUAAAUUUAUGGAUGAAAUUAAUGAAGUAGAGUUAAUAAGAUUCAAGUUUAGUUAAAAAUUUCAAAUUCAAAUAAAAAGAUGCUAAAAAGACACUAAAGGGAAAAUUAGACUUUAUAAAAAUAUUAAUUAUAAAUAUAUAAUUUAUAUGGAAGGUGUAAAAUAUGAAUUGAGUGUAAAUUAAAGGUGUGGGUUUAUCUUAAAAUGGGUCUCCUACUUUGGGAGUUUCUCUAUUUUUCUCAAAGAAGGAAAGAAAAAUUCAAUGAUGAAACCAGUUUCCAAAAAAUGAGUUGAAUUUUGCCUAAAAUAUCAGCAAACAUAUUUGGAUUCAACCAAGAACAAAAAUUCUCUAUAGAUACUUUAGUUCUAAUGUUACAAUCAAGUGCUGAAAGGAGAAAAUUAAGAAAGAAAGUGGCCCAUAAUAUCUUAUGGGUUUUGAUUGUGACUUCCAAGUUAAAUUAUUAGCAUUAUCCUUGUAAGAAGGAAGUGCUAUUGUUGAUAUAGAUGGACUGAAAGCAGGAACAACAAGGUGAUGUAAUGACAAUACACUAUUACAGGCUCAAUGUGCUAACAAUGAGAAGUCACUGAUAGGCUGCAGUUCCCCAUUUCUAUUGUUUUGGGGAGCAAGUUUUGUUCUGUAUAUAUGUUUGUUUCCAUUCCUCUGUAUAUGUAUGUCAACAACUAUGAAAUCCAAAUUAAAGGAGGUUCCAGAGUGAACUUUUAUAUGUGCGACUUUAAGGAAACAACAAUGGACCCUUGCAAAUCAGAAUGCUUUGCUGCAUUUAGACAGACUUCUAAUUGGAACCCCUUAUGUUAAACCCUUCCAAACCAUUGCUAUUUGCUACUCAAUUUCAUAGGGACCAGUUGAAAACAUAAUGUGUUUUCAAAACACGUUGAAUACACACCAAAGGCACAGUAGAGCUAGUUUGCUUUCUGCUCGAGCAACUGGUUUUUAGUUCAUUCAGCAAAACAAAAAACAGAAUAAUCCUUAGUCUGUAUUCUCUUUAGCGAGAAAAUCAUGCAGGUUGAACAACAAGCUCUCGUAGCUCAGUUGGUUAGAGCACCCGUUUAGUAAGCGGGAGGUCUUGAGUUCGACUCUCAACGAGAGCAGAGUUUUAUUAAAAUAUUCGCGAGUUUUCUUUUCCCCUCCUGCAAGGUCAGAUGAUGUCGUAUAGCGCAAACCCCAAGACUUUUUUUUUUGAAUGGAGAAACCCCAUUACCCCAAGAAUCUAGAAUACCAGGGUUUUAUAUAAACCCCAACUCCCCCUCUCCCUCUUUGUGUCCCAAAAUCUGAUAAACCCUAAACCCCCGAGUUCUUUUUUCAUCUCCUUAGCUCUCUCGUUUCGCUAUGUCGACCAAAGGCCCUGCUCUCUUCUCUGACAUUGGCAAAAGAGCCAGAGAUUUGCUCAACAAGGAUUACAGCUCUGAUCAGAAGAUCAUUAUCACCACUAACAGUGAAACUGGCCUUGCUAUCAGCUCCUGUUUGGCCAAUAAAGGGGGUCUCUCUCUCGGGAAUGUAGCAGCUCAGUACAAAUACCAGAAUGCUGUGGUUGAUUUCAAAGUUGAUACAGAUUCAAAUGUCUCAACAAAGCUUAGUGUCACAGACAUCCUGCCUUCAACAAAAGCCACUGCUUCAAUCAAAUUACCUGACUGCAAAUCUGGCAAGUUGGAAGCACAAUAUCUUCAUGAACAUGCAGCUUUCACAACGGCCGUUGGUUUGAACAAGUCCCCUGCCAUUGACUUUUCAGCUACCAUCGGUACGCCUGCCAUUGCUUUUGGAGCUGAAGGUUGUUACUCAACAGUUUCCAGAAAUUUCACUAAAUAUACUGCUGGUGUCAGCUUGUCAAAGCCAGAUUCCUCCGCAUCAGUAAUUCUGGCUGACAAAGGAGACUCGCUUUCGGCAUCAUACCUUCAUCAUCUAAGCAAGCUGAAUGGGGGUGCUGUUGUGGGAGAGGUAAGUAGAAGAUUCUCGACAAAUGAGAACACACUUACAGUCGGAGGCUCGUUUGUGGUUGAUCCUCAGACUACAGUGAAGGCAAGGCUUAACAACCACGGCAACCUUUCAGCUCUUUUGCAGCACGAGAUUAGUCCCAAAUCUACCUUCACACUCUCUGGUGCUUUAGAGACCAAGACAUUACAAAAGGAGCCGAAGUUUGGUUUGGCACUCUCCCUCAAGCCUUGAGAAGAUAUUUUGACAUUUAAGAUAGAUUAUUCAAUUGGUUAGCUCCACACAAAUUGUGAGUUUUCUGGUGUGGUUCGAAUAGAAACCUAUAUAUUAGUUUUUAUGUAGGCUAUGUCCUGGUUGUCAUAGAACUAUGUUAAGCAGUUUGGUAUUGAUAAUGAACCUUUCAUAUUGUUAAAUGUUAUUCAUCCCCUCGUUAUUCUCUU